AUGGAGCAAAUGUACCUUGUAGAAAUAUUCAUAGACAAAGUAACGAUCUUCACAUCCGAAGAGGAUGAAAAGAGCGGAGCAAAUAAAAAACUUAUUGUCAAAAUAAGAUUCGGUCCCAAAGUGGAGUUUAUAAUAAAAGAAGGCCAGUUGGCCUUAAACGAAGAUACUAAAGACGAUAUUGUUGAAUGCGAUGAAAAUGGGAGACGUAAAUGGUCUCGAACAAUCAGAGUGGGGAAGUCGUAUUUAUUCCCUUCUUACCCAGACACAGUGCUCAUGAUACUCAGUAAGUUUCCAUUGGAAAUAGAGAUAUGGAACGAUGAUGAAAAUGAAGUCGAAAUAUUUGUAGGGAUCGGCACUAUGCAUUGGGAGACUGAAUUUUUCCAUAUGUUAAAAGAAACUGCCGAAGCUUGUAAGAUCCAUGAGCCACUCACUAUAAAACAAAAUACACCAUUAUUUGCCGAAUGUUGCUGUAAGCAAGUGGGCGAAAUUUCUUUCAUACUCAGAUUAAGUGCCUUGGGUGAAAGUAUUAUUACAGAAUUUCAACAAUUAAUGAAAGAUCCGGACAGUUUUGUUUUUAGAACAAAUAAAGCUCCUAGCAUGUUUCAGUGUAAGAGGAUAGAAGGUGAUGAUCCUAAUUUCUGCAUGGUGGGUAGUCUAUAUGAAACGACGACAUUGGAAGACCCUACUUUAACAAGCAAUGCUCAACAAAAAAUUGAAAUAUGUACAGAAUUGCAAAGUUGUGGUGUUGGCCAGAAAGACGCUGACUUUAGUUGUAAGCAUGAUUUUGAAGAGGCGGAAUCUAAAAAAUCAUACCCUAUUGAUAAGAUCAGAAUGGGUGAUAUUACAGGACCAUGUGGGAAUACAAACUGUCCAUUAGCACAUAAAGUAAAGACAUAUAUCAGAAACUUAGAAACGUAUAAACGAGAAGCAGAAGGUAAAGUAACAGAAACAAAAGGUGAUGUCACAAGAAAGAUUUGUGGUACAUGUGACUGUAAAGAUGAUCGUUGGCAUCGGGAAGAAUGUCCUGAAAAGCUAGAGAGGGAAGGUAAACAAAGUAAAGCUGAAUGUUCUGGGUGUGGUGGUAUAACACAAGUGGGAGAAACUUGCGAAGAUCGAAAAAAGAAAUUAUUUGGUACUGGUGCGACACCUAAAUCUAGUAAAACCGUAGUUGCAUGUGUCUAUAGCGUAACUAACAUUCCAAACUUUAAUGAAUCCGUAUAUGGGAAACAGUUUAUCGUGGAAAAUCUUGAACAAAGUUGCUAUUAUAAAACAAUUGCAAAUGAACCUUCGAGCACAAGAGCUGGGUGUAGUUGUGGUCGACGUGGAUGUACAUGGACUCAAGAAGAAAAUUUCGAUACAGCCGAAGUAUCGAACCGUCCACCGAAGAAGACUAUUCCAGAAAGUAACGUAUCCUCUCACCAACCUUUUGUUUAUAACGUUGAUACGAAAGAAUCAAAAAGAAAAAUUGCAGUUUUUGAUUGUGUUGAAAUUGCUGAAGAUAAAGAUUGUAAAUGUAAUCCACCCAAACCAACCCCACCAUGCAAGACAUUUGAUUGCGAGUGUAUCACUGAAACUGCGAACGUUGCUGCGAGAAAAGCCCAUCGAGCAUACUGUCCGUUAUACAAACACAGAGAUAAUUGUCCAGUGACGAUGAUGCAAGAAGACGAAGACAAGAAGAAAGCUGAAGAUGAUGAAGAUGAAACUGAACCCUUGCCGUAUGGAUUACCUCCGAUCAAACUCGGACCCUGUCCGAUAUUAGGCAGACCCUGUUGUGUUCCUGAUGGCUUUGCAAGAAUGUAUAAAACAGCUGCUUUACCUGCUCAGCCACCAAGUUACAGCGAUGCAGGAAAAGUUUGUUGUUCCAAAGAGUACGAAAGAAUAAAGAAGGCUAUAAAAGAUUACAUGAAUUACGAAAAAGAUCACGACUUUAGAUGUGUAAAUAAAUUUAACGUGGACACUGAAAGACGAUGCUGCGACAAAGAACAGAGACUACUAUCCCUUAUGGGUAAGGGAUGUUGUGGCUCACACAAAUUAGCGAUCCAAGAAAAAUUUAAAGAGGAAAAGUAGUAAACAUAAGAACUUUUAUAAAUAUUUUAUUUUGUAACCCACUAGUGUACUAUAUUAAGAUCUAAUUACACUUAUACAACUGG